AUGGUCAAAAAGAAGAUAACCCGCGCGCCUACGACGUCUAGCCUUCCGAACAAUCUCCGGGUUCCGAGCAACACUACCUCGUUGGUGCGAGCUUUGGGGAAACUGUCACGGCAAUCUCUGUUGGAUCUUGUUUUCACCUGGCUGUCUAAGAAUAAUGUUCAGCUAUACCCGCCUUUUCUAGCUCGGGACCUGAGCAACAUCGCUAGCGACCACGAGGAGUCUCCCUAUCCAGCCGCUGAGAGUGUGGAGGAAGUGCGCGGGGCUUAUGAGGAAUUGCGACAGAGGAAAGGUGGCAAGAGAGAAGUUGUCGACCGAGUUUUGGAAGGCGAUUGGCGACAUGGCAUCACGCUCGGCCAGCUGGCAAUGAUCGAUAUCCGAUAUUUGGAGGAUCAUCCAGCUGCCCAGAAAUGGACUGCGUUUCGCCUGGCGUUGACUGACAGGAAACAACAAUCAGAAGAGAAUGAAGAGUCCUCAACAGAUCUUUCUGCAUCUCUCCCACGGCUGCAUGCUGCGAUGUUCUUGUCAAAUCUCCACCGUGAAAUAUCGCCCUUGGUCAAGGCGCAUUAUCAUCUUGCCAGGUCAAAGUCUCUUCCCUUGACCUUUCUACGAAUCUUCACCACCGACUCCCCGUAUCAACACCCACAACAUGGUGCAGGGACAUAUCUGGAUUCCGCACGGAUUCUAUACAUUGCAUUUCCCGACAGUAGCCCCUUCAUUUACACGUCCUUGUCGGCCUCGACGGGCACCAAGCCGGGCCCCGCAACCCAGACUGCCGCCCCUCUAGCCACCGAUACUCGAACAUUGCGGGCAAUAGUUAGGGAUGCACUACCAACAGCAUUGUCAAAGCAACAUGAACGGUAUAAGUUAGAGGCCACGUCGCUGACUGCAAAGAACCUCGACACCAUGCUCGCGCUCCGCGGACCAGGCAGGACGAACAUGGCCAACGGCGCUUUUAGCAUCUUUGCCGAUGCUGUUAUUGAAGGCACGCCGAUUGACCCGCGUCAGCCUGCGACGGUAUCACCAGAAGAUUUCCGCGCUACAGGUACUACGAACGACGAUAAGGAGAACAACAGCACAUCACAAUAUUCCGCAGGUCAAGAAGAUCCGAAGCGAAAAAACCGCAGUCACACACAUGACGACCAUAGCGGGCGCAUGGCUACAUCGCCCGCCACAAAACGACGCAAAGUCGCCGUGUUAUCCCGAUUCGGCACUUCUGGAACGCCUGCCUCUCUAGCGGUUCUUAACCGAUUAGACAUUCGUCUGCAGGACCAUUUAGAUGAUAUUCACGACAAAGACCUUGAUAAUGACGACCAAGAUCAACAUAUCCAAGAAAACAGCGAAUACACCAUGUCCCUCUCCUUUACCGGGAAUAAUGUAAUUGCUGGGUUCCGCCAACUGGCGGAAUUGGGUGUUGUUGAUCCUGAGCGCAUGCCCUCGUGGAUGACUGGUGAGGAAGGCGUGAGUUCAGCUGUGAUUCGACGUGGGAGAAGGCCUGGUACAGUUGCGACGGAAUAG